AUGGGUCUGUUCAAGCGCAAGGACUCGACCAGGUCGGCGCACAGCGAACGGGACGAGCGCGAAUCCUUUGUCUCCGUCAACAGCGCCCGCACAUCCAACACAUCGCUGCGCUCGCCCGGCUACAAGGGCAGUGCUCUACCGGCCUCCAUCCCCGAGAUGCCCAUUGCACGCCCGCCCGACCCGGCAUUAGACCCCGCCGCGUAUCUGCGCAGCAUCCACGCCGUGCGCGAACGGACCACGGUCGUGUUCAACAAGGCCAAGAAGAAUCAGCUGAACCAUUUUGAUGUCGAUCUCUCCAAGUUCCAGGCGACGGCCUCGUACGUCGUGUCCAUCAUCAAAAGAGACUACGCCCCAGAAUACGAGUCGAUCCCGCCGCACGGCCGCUGGCAGCACUUCGACAUCGGUGGCCGCCCACGCAUCCAGCAGCUGCUUCAGUCUUGGCCCUCCCGCAUCGACGCGCAGGAGCGCACCCGUCGCUUGAUCGAUCUUUUUGUGGUCUCGGUCCUGCUGGAUGCGGGCGCGGGAAACAGAUGGUCCUACAAAUCCAAAGAAUCGGGCAAGAUCUAUUCGCGCAGUGAAGGUCUGGCCGUGGCGAGUCUCGAGAUGUUCAAGACGGGCCUGUUCAGUAGCGAUCCCACCGAGCCAUGCCAGGUGGACGGAGCGGGGCUGAAGAAAGUGACGGUGGAGAUAUUGGCCAGGGGUAUGCAGCACUCCGAAUCAAAUCCGCUGGCUGGGCUUGAGGGCCGUGCGGGGUUGUUGGUACGCUUAGCGGAGGCGCUGAACAACCAGGACUUUUUUGGGGUCGAUGCCCGACCAGGAAACAUGCUAGACUACCUUCUCAGCCACCCGUCGACCCUGGCUUCCUCCGUGCCCAUUGUCCCAAUCACCACGUUAUGGACGGUGCUCAUGGAUGGGCUCUCUCCAAUCUGGCCGCCCUCUCGAACCCAGGUUGACGGAAUAUCCAUCGGAGACGCCUGGCUCCCCCCGGCGCAGCCGUGGGAAAGCAUAGUCCCCUUCCACAAGCUGACCCAAUGGCUUUGUUACUCCAUCAUGGUCCCCAUGUCGAAAUUAAUGCAUAUCCACUUCGCCGGCGGAGAUCUCCUGACUGGCCUGCCAGAGUAUCGCAACGGCGGGCUUCUCAUCGAUAUGGGUUUGAUGACCCUCAAGCCUCGAGAUCUGGAGCGUGGCAUCGAAUCCUACCACGAAAACGCCCGGAUUAAAGGCCAGCCCAACAUGGAAGUGGUUCCGCUAUUUUCCACCGAUGAUGAUGUGAUCGUCGAGUGGCGCGCCGCUACUGUUGGGUUCUUGGACGAGCUCCUCGACGAGGUGAACUCCCAAUUGGGGCUACGAGCUGCGGAGGACCAAUUGACGCUGGCGCAGAUGCUGGAAGCAGGCACAUGGAAGGGCGGCCGUGAAAUCGCUGAGGUCUCCAGACCCAACACCAAAGAACCACCGAUCAUGAUUCGAUCCGAUGGCACCGUUUUUUAA